AGCCGAUCCACGCUAAUGAUGUCAGUCAUACGUGGAGCUAGUCCGAUCAGCAGUGCACGACGGGGACAUUGGAUCAGACAACAGAUUGAGCCCUGCGAUUUACCGCACAACCUCUAAAGUGAGCGCAACGAUAAUGCGCGCAGAAUUGAGUACAUUUUGUUUUGGAAACAUGUUUUAUUGGCACGCAUGCUGUACGAGAUUAUUUUUCCACAGCUAUGUGAUGUUCAUUUAUCAAACACGAUCAAGGCUUAUAAGGCAGUUCCGUAAAUACUUCAGUUUUAGGAAGAAAUAUCUCAGUCAUCAAUAUGACGUCCGAUUCUUUUAUUGAGGGGAACAAAGUGUGCAGUUUCCUUAGGCGAUAGUGUCUUCGUUUUGGAUACGAUCAUCGUAGUCAGUGUUUACGAUAUAUUUAGAAAAAAAAACUACGUAAGAGUCCAAGUGGCGUCUUAAGAGCAAAAUGAUCAGCAUCAACUAGUUAUUGUUAAUUGGCUAGUGCCGUAUUUUAAAACAAGCAGAGCUAGUUGAGCUCUCUACCAAGAUGGCAUCCGGGGAGCCGCUGUGCAUGAUGGGUAUGACUCUGUCAGGGAAAUAGUUGAAACUCCUCGGAAUACGCGUCAGGGAUUAAAGGAGCAGCUUGAGGGACAUCACACGGAACCAUCAUUUUGACCAGGGGUGUGGCACGGUGGGGGCGCCAUGUUGUCGGGGGAGGAGAUCCUGUCCAGCACGCGGCAGGUGAUCGCGGGCCUGGAGGCGCUACGGGGCGAGAACCACACCCUCCUGGACAGCCUGCAGGAGGCGCUGCAGAGCCAGCCGUCUGUGGAGAGCGGCAGCGUGGAGCAGGAGAAGACCGGCAUUAUCCAGGAGUCCCUGGAGAGGAUCGAGCUGGGUCUCGGAGAGGCACAGGUGAUGAUGGCCCUGUCGGCCCACCUGGGCUCGCUGGAGGCGGAGAAGCAGAAGCUGCGGACGCAGGUGCGGCGGCUCUGCCAGGAGAACCAGUGGCUGCGGGACGAGCUGGCAGCAACGCAGCUGCGGCUGCAGGAGCGCGAGCAGGAGCUGGUCACCCUGGAGGAGCAGAACCGCCACCUGCAGUUCAUGAACAGCAUCCGCAAAUACGACCAGGAGGAGCCGCCGCUGGAUGACAAAGAAACUGCCACUGCCAAGGAGUCCCUGGAUGACCUCUUUCCCGCUGAUGAGGAGGAGCCGUCGCAGAUCUCUCAUCAGCACAGCAGUGCAGCGGCGGCUGCCCAGCAGGGGGGCUACGAGAUCCCGGCCCGCCUGCGAACCCUCCACAACCUGGUGAUCCAGUACGCCUCCCAGGGCAGGUACGAGGUGGCCGUGCCCCUCUGCAAGCAGGCCCUGGAGGACCUGGAGAAGUCCUCAGGUCACACCCACCCUGACGUAGCCACCAUGCUCAACAUCCUGGCUCUUGUGUACAGAGACCAGAACAAGUAUAAAGAGGCGGCCAACCUGCUGAACGAUGCCCUCGCCAUCCGAGAGAAGACCCUGGGUGUGGAUCACCCCGCGGUGGCAGCCACUCUGAAUAACCUCGCGGUGCUGUAUGGCAAGAGGGGGAAGUACAAGGAGGCUGAGCCUCUGUGCAAGAGGGCCCUGGAGAUCAGAGAGAAGGUGCUGGGCACUGAUCACCCGGAUGUGGCCAAGCAGCUGAACAACCUGGCCCUGCUGUGCCAGAACCAGGGCAAGUACCAGGAGGUGGAGCAGUACUACGAGCGCGCCCUGCACAUCUACCAGAGCCGGCUGGGCCCAGACGACGCCAACGUGGCCAAGACCAAGAACAACCUGGCCUCAUGUUACCUUAAACAGGGGAAGUACAGACAGGCUGAAGCCCUGUACAAGGAGAUCCUCACGCGAGCCCAUGAGAAGGAGUUUGGAUCUGUGGAAGGGGAUGGGCGUCCGAUCUGGAUCCACACAGAGGAAGGCAGCUCCCGGCAGGAUGGGUUCGGUGGUCUGAAGCGCAGUGGCUCCUUCACUAAGCUCAGGGAGUCCAUCAGGCGGAGCAGUGAGAAGCUGGUGAGGAAGCUGAAGGGGGUGGGGGCGCAGGAUGGCACCCCCCGGACCGCAGGGAUGAAGAGAGCCAAUUCCCUUAAUGUGCUGAAUGUCGGGGUGAGAGAGAGCCAGGAUGCAGCUCAGAAGGCUAACACUCUCACAGAAACCCGAGGCCUCAGUUCCAGCACCCAAAGUUUGGCCCGUCGGGGGUCCCUCAGUGGAACUAGCUAAUACUGCAUUCGUUCCCUAACCUCUGACAUUUGACUCUUCCACCGUCUACUCCUUUGCACCAAGCUCAAGACCUGCUGGGCCAUCCCCCAUCCGUUUGUCUAACUGGGCUGGCCCCACUUCAGUCCGAAUCUAGCAUUUCUCUUAUGCCAGCAGUCCUCCUUGAUUCCCAGUGCGUGCGUAAACACACACACUCACACUCCUUUGGCUUGUGUGUGAGUGUUUGGAGUUGGUUCCUACAAGAACAGCAACUGAUGUUAGAUACAGCUAAUCCAUUUUAGAUCAUUUACUAAAUCGUAAGUAGAAUUUAGGGAACGAAGACAAUCCAUUAAGAUUUAAAAAUAUUUUUGGAGUAUGUUUUCAUAGCUGGUAGGGAAGGUAAGCCAGUCAGUCUGCUUGAAGUUUUUAAGAUGUUGAAAAUGCAAUUAAUACUUUUAAAAUAUUUAUUUAGAAACAUUUAUGUAAUGUUAAAUAUUCUGAACACACUACAUAACAGUGUAUAAAAUAAACCCAGAAACAGAAGAAUCCAAAAGAUUGCACUACCUGUAACUCACUAUGCUGAAGAUGAAAUUUGGGUUCCAAUUUUAUAUUUUUAAAAUAAUUACAGAAGGGACACCGAUUUACAACCCAAAAGGACCUCAGGCAAUGGCUCCACAUUCCAUUUUGUUUCAUGAUGUGACCAAAUCUCUGUUAUUGUGUCAAAGGAAACAUAUCUGGACAAUCGUUAACCGUAAUUGCGGUAAAUGUACCAAACUCAA